GGAGGGCGGUGGUGAGGAGGAGGAGGAAGAGAGUGAGGCGCUCAGCUGCACGAUCCCGGUGCUGGUGUUCCCUGGCGAUUCCAAGGAUUUCGGCGGCGGCGACCACGUUCCCGACCGGCUCAGCGGGCUGCUGCCCUUUCAUGUGUGCUACCUGUCUGGGGCGCCGGGCACCUUCAAGCUGUGGAUGGGCGAGGAUAGGCGGGACGUGCUCGGCGCAGGCCGGCUGCCGGGGAUGAUGCGGUACGGCGAGAUUCUGGGAGGAGCACAGGAGAGGGAGAGGGCGAAGAGGGUGCCGGCGUCAACGACAUUGAAGUUGGUUCAGUGGCGGAGUGAGGGUUUGAAGACGCCAGAGCGGGUCAUCUUCGAGCAUGAUCUUGUUGAUGACGCCGAGGGGGUGCUGCGGGACGAGGACGUGGGCGACGGUAAUGCCAUCAUGCGCGGACCGAGGGGAACCAAUUUCGACAACAUCGAUACUAAGACCGAUGGCGUCCAGGUGCUACACAUCGGACGUAAGAGAAAACGAGUAUACCAAGAGGCACGGCGACGGGGGAGCACGGCAACCAAACCGGCGAAGAAAAAGGUCAAGAGUGAACAAACCGGGGAGAGGAUAGGUUAAGCCGUCAUGCAGGUAGGAGCUGCAUUAUUGACCACUGCUGGAAACGGAUGGAGACACUGGGUGUAUGGGUCAUGGUGCGAACAGGAG